AUGGCUCCCAAACGCAGGCAAAUCUCACAGCAGGCAUCCUCGGCGAAGAAAAGGGCAAAGCACACAAAGAUGGCACAACAAGUCAAGGAUGCAUCUCCCUUCAAGACGCUACCCAUCACGUUAUUGUCUGGAUUCUUGGGAAGCGGCAAGACAACCCUGCUCAGCUACAUCCUCAACUCCAAGGACCAUGGCCUGAAGAUUGCGAUGAUCGUCAACGACAUGGCUGCGGUGAACAUUGACCAAAGUACCAUCGUGGCAGACGGCAGGAGGAAAGGUCGUGAAGCAGACAAGAUGAUUGCCAUGCAGAACGGCUGCAUCUGCUGCACGCUCCGUGGUGAUUUUGUCAUCGAGCUAGCCAAAAUGGCCAAAGCUGGUGAAUACGAUUAUGUGCUCAUCGAGAGCACUGGCAUCAGCGAGCCACAACAGGUCGCAGAGAGCUUCACCACAGACUUUACCGAAGCAAUGAUGGGCGCUGAUGGAGCGCUUGAUCAAUUCGACGAGGAAGAGCAAAAGGUCUUCAACGAAAUAAGUGCGCGAAAUGGCGGCUUGAACAAAGUUGCCAGGCUUGACACUACAGUGACCGUAGUGGACGGCUUCAGGUUCUUUGAAGAGUUCGAGACCAUUGAACUGCUACACGAACGCUUUCAAUCCGAAGUUGAGACACCGGAAGACCAACGCACUGUCAGCGAUCUGAUGAUUGAUCAGAUCGAGUUUGCUGACGUGAUCAUUGUCAAUAAGAUCGAUAUGAUCAACGACGACGUGCUUACACGGAUCCGUGGAUUACUCAAGACAAUGAAUCCUGGCGCCAAAGUUAUCGAAACCAGCCUCCGAGCCUCUAAACAAUCGCAGAACCCUUAUGGCAUUAAGCCUUUGGACGUCAGAGAGAUCAUCGCAACUGGAAUGUAUAGCGAAGAGACGUCUAUCAAAAGCUCCGGGUGGUUGAAGAGCAUCAACGAGAUGUCCAUGAUCGACAACCACGGCCGCACAGUCAUGGCACCGAAGCCAGAAACGCUGGAAUACGGUGUCACCAGCUUCGUCUACCGAGCAAGGAGACCAUUCUCUCCCGGCCGUCUGUACGAGCUCGUUCAUGACAAAUUUGUCAUUCUAGAGCCACAAGACGAAGAGGAGGAAGAGGAAGAGGAAGACGAUGAUGACGACUCGGAAGGCAUUCAAGAUCAGGACGAAGAAUUGGAGAGUGAGGUGGACGAAGUUGAUGAGUGCCUCGAGGGAAAGGCAUCAGACUCGGACUCUACUGUACACUCUGCCGACUCGAGCACCAAGUUCGCCUCUUCUGUGAGCGAUGCCACUUCUGUUGCCUCGGACGACCAAGACGCGCUCGACAUGAAGUACCCGGACCUCGAUCUGCCUACUCGUCUGGCCAACAAGAAAGCCCAUCCAGUCUUCAGACCUCUCCUCCGAUCCAAGGGAUUUAUCUGGCUAGCUACGCGUCCCUCCGUCAGUGGUGACUGGUCGCAAGCUGGCGCCAUGCUCACCGUCUCUGGCGGUCUUAAUUGGUUUGCUGUGGUGCCCGAAGAGCAAUGGCCUUCGCCCAGUCAAGAGGUCACAGAUCUUAUCAAGAAAGACUUUGAGGGCGAGUGGGGCGAUCGUAGGCAGGAGCUUGUGUGUAUCGGAGAGAAUAUCGACGUGAAGGCCAUAACCGAGUUGUUUGAUGGCUGUCUCUUGAACGACGCGGAGAUGAAGAAGUGGGAGAGAAUCAUGAGAAGAAAAGGUGUAUCAGAUGAACAGAAGGAGAGCUUGCUAUGCAGAACAUUUGAUGAUGGCUGGGAAGAGUGGCGCAAUCCGCUCGAGGAAGAAGAUGCUGAAGGUCAUGAUCAUGCUGGUCAUCACCAUCAUUGA